AUCUGCUCUUGCGGUACCACGCAGACCUCCCCAUGCGCAAUUCGGGAUCCUUGCUUGCAUGGGGCUGUUUUGCUCAAGACGAUCGAAGCCCUCUUUCAGCCUCUUCCACUUGUCCCACGUAAUUUCUGCAUUGCGUGCAUAGCUGCUGCACAAGGCAAAAUGCAGUCCGUCGCUAUCAAAGACUCCGCGCCAGCGGUGGUCGAUCACCCAAACCUGUACAUCAAGAACCUACCGCCAAACAUGAACCAGACCGACGUCGAAGUACUAUUUAGGCCAUUCGGUCCAGUCACGGGCUGCAAGUUCUUCAGGACUGCCUCCGUGCCCUACGCAUUCCUGCGUCUCAGCACGCCCGAACAGGCGCAGGACGCGAUCAGCAAAAUGAACAACUACACAGUGGCCGGCAAAGUGCUACUUGUGAAGCCCGCAGACGUGGACGCGGUGUAUGACGAGCCGAACGAGAACCUCUACGUGCGCGGGCUGCCGCUCACCUGGACGGAAGAGGACGUGCGCGGCUACUUUGAAACGUUCGGGCCGCUGGUCAGCGUCCGCGUCCUGCCGGCCAGCAACCCAGGCGGCGGGGCACCCCCAGGGCAGGUGGCCAUGGUGCGGUUCCAGAACCUGGAGCAUGCCACGGCGGCGCGCGACAGCGCCAACGCCAUGUCGCCACCCGGCGCGCCGCCCGGCACUAUGCCGCUGAACGUCAAGUACGCGGACACGCACGAGGAGAAGCAGCGCAAGGCCGCCAGCAGGGUCGGCGGCGGCGGCAUGCCACCCAUGGGAGGGCCCAUGAUGGGCCGCGGGCCUGGGCCCAUGGGCGGUCACAUGGGCGGUCCGAUGGGCGGCCCGAUGGGGGGCCCGAUGGGUAUGGGGCCUAUGGAUGGCGGCAUGGGGCCCAUGGACGGCGGAAUGGGCGGCAUGGGGCCGAUGGAUGGUGGCAUGGGUGGCGCCGGCGGCCGCAUGCCGGGACGCGGUGCGGGGCCGGGGCCGGCGAUGCGCUACGCGCCCUACCCGGGCGGCUCGGGCGGCCCCGUAGGCGGGCCUAUGGGUAGCCCCGGCGGCUUUGGGCCUAUGGGCGGUCCCCCGCCUCCGCCGCCCCGGCGGCAGCAGCAGCCCGACAUGCACCAGCAGCCUCAGCAGAUGAUGAUCAUGGGCGGUGGGCCUCAGGGUAUGAUGAACGGGCCCGGACCCGGUCCCGCAGGCGGCAUGCCGGGCAGUCAGAUGGGCGGCCCGCAGCAGCCCAUGCAGCAGCAGCAGCAGCAGCAGCAGCAGCCACAGCAGCAGCCGUACGGGAUGCAGCCGCAGCAACAGAUGCCGCCGGGGCUGGGCCCGGGGCCUGUGCAGGGGCAGCCGCCAGGGCUCGGCAUGGGCCCGCCAGGCCUGGGUGCUUCCGGCCCAGGGCCCAUGCAGCAACAGCCGCCCAUGCAGCAGCCCAUGCAGCAAUCCAUGCAGCAGCCAAUGCAACAGCCAAUGCAGCAGCCGAUGCAGGGCCCGCCCCACAUGCAGCAGCCACAGGCGCAGAUGGGCAUGGGGAUGCCUCCGCCCCAGCAGCAGCAGCAGGUGCCGUACGGCGGGGUGCUACAGCCGCCCAUGCAGCAGCAACAGCAGCAGCCACCAAUGAUGCAACAACCCAUGCAGGGCCCGCCCGGGCUAAUGGGGCAGCCGGCACCGGCGCCCUACCCGGGCGCCGCACAGCCCAUGCAGCCGCCGCCGCAGCAGCCGCAGCCCUACGGAAUGCCGCAGCAGCAGCAGAUGCCGCCACAGCAGAUGCCGCCGCAGGCGCAGCCCCCAGCAGGGCAAGGGAUGUACGGGCAGCCGCAGCCCGCCGCCACCGCGCCGCCAGCCGAUCCCUACGCAGCCAUGUACGGCGCAGCGCCCGCCCAGUCCGCACCCCAGCCUCAGCCCGCGCCAGCCUACGGCGCCGCCCCAGGGCCGUACGGCCAGCAGCCGCAGCCGGCGCAGCAGCAGCCGGCCGCAGCCGCGCCCGCCGCCGCCACCUCUGCCUACCCGUACAGCUCGUACGAGGAGUACAUGAAGCACUACGCGGCGUACUACGGCUAUGCGCCCGCCGCCACGGCGGCGGCGGCGGGUGGCACCAGCGGCGCGGCCGCGCCGCAGGACGCUGCGGCGGCCUACGCAGCAUACAGCAGCUACUAUGCCGCCUACCAGCAACAGCAGGCAGCGGCGGCCGCAGCAGCAGGUGCGGCGGCGGGCACGCCGGCCGCGGGGACCACGGCAGGCGCAAAGCCCGCGGCGGCUGAGGCGGGCAAGCCGGCAUCCGUCGCGGCGACAGCUGCGGCGCCGGCUGCAUUAACCAUCGCCGCGGGCGGUGCGCACAUCUCCAAGCAGGCCACUGCUGCUCCCGGCAGCGGGGCCGCGACUGCGGUAGCCGCGGGGCCGACCGCUGCGAACAGCAGCUACAACCCCCGCGCCCGGAUCAUCAUCUACGGCCUGCCUACCACGGCGGGCAAGCUGGAAAUGUAUGAGGCGUUCGCGCGCUACGGCGCCACCAUGGGCGUCAGCGCCUCGGGCGGCCAGGGCGUCGUGCAGUACGGCGACCGCGAGGCCGCACAGCGAGCCGUGGCCGCCGCGAACGGGACGAUGGUUUGCGGCGCCGCCGUGCGCGUCGCGCUGUCUGAGCCGUAAAAAAUCAUUAACACCUUGCCGCUGCCAUGCCUUAUCGCAAGCUUUGCAUGUAUCGGGCUACCUCUACCUAGUGCUAGCUUGGCCUGUACUAGGUAGUAAAUCGCUAUGGCCUAUGGGUAUCGGCAUAAGGCGGGGUUGGGAUCUGGUUGCUCUGGGAUACCACGCUAUAAGUUGGGGUACGGUGCUGGGUAGUGGGGGCUGUAAAGUGAGAGCUAUGGGGACAAGGGAGUAGGGGUUGGGGUUCAGUCCUACCUUCACGUGCGGGCUAGACAUAUGACACAAGGUGGAUAGCAUGUAUGCGCCCUCCUGUGGCGCGGCUCCCAUGCACCAGUCAGGCUGGUGCUGGACGGGGCUUAGCGGUCACCUAUGAAUGCAGUGGCACGUCUGGCAAUUCGCCGGUAUUGCCUCGUUACUUGCAUGGAGUCAUGAGUGUUGGGUGGUGGGUCGUGACCGGUGAAUGUACGGUCUUCAUCCGUCUAGACAACCUUAUCUCGCAGGGGGCUGAGAUCAUAACCGCCCUAGCAGUCAGAUCACUUUACAACCACGGGGACUCCCGCCGUAUGGCCACUUCUGUGGGGCUAGCUGCCGGACUUGGGCAAACGUAUAAUGUUUGUUACGGUUGCAACCAGCCCAGCUGGUGCUUGUUUGCCUUUGGGGAUGAUUCAGUGUCACCACGCACGAGCAGCCAGGUUGUCAGGAGCGGUGUUCCCUCAGGCUCAGUGGGUGCUAUUCAACACAUUGGCUCGAUAUCUCGGUCCGCUGGGGGAGGGGCACGGGGAAGGGGGGAUGGUUGUUGUACAUGUUACAGCAGGGGUAGUUCGGCUGUCAGGAAAUUCGCGUCUGCAUGCGGAUUACUGUAUGCCUAGCAGCAUGAGUCAGCUGUAGCAUGGAUAUGGAUGAGUUGCGUCAGGGCCGACUAUUGACUUCCGACUUCCAAAGCGUUACAUGCAAGGGUCCAUGGGGCCCUCCUCCGCCACCACUCAAAGAUCUGUUUACCUUAGUCAUACGGUA